AUGAUGCUGUCGCGGUCUACUUUUAGUCGAAGUGCGCCCCGUGCGCUACAGAGGCAGUGCUCUGCUGGUGCCGCUAGCAGCCGUCGGGCCAUGACCUCUGCUGCGACUCCCGGCCUACAAUAUGAUGUUUCUGAGUCUGCCGGUGUGAAGGUCGCCAACAGGGACGGUGCAGGGCCGACAGGCACUCUGGCCUUGGUUGCAAAGGCAGGACCCCGUUACCAGCCCUUCCCUGGCUUCUCCGACGCACUCGAAUACUUUGCCUUCAAGUCUACUCUCAAACGGUCGGCAUUGCGGAUCACUCGGGAGGUUGAACUUUUAGGUAGUGAAGUUUCCUCGACACAUUCGCGUGAAAACAUUAUCCUCAAGGCCAAGUUCCUCUCGGGCGAUCUUCCAUACUUCGUGGAACUGUUGGCUGAGGUCGCUUCUCAGAGCAAGUUCGCUGCUCACGAGUUGGAUGAGGUCGUCCUCAAACUCCUCAAAUACAGACAACAAGCCCUCACUGCCGACCCGGAGCAGCUUGCUGUUGACGCUGCCCAUGCCUUAGCUUUCCACCGCGGUCUGGGCGAGAGCAUCACUCCUUCUGUCACUGUCCCCUUCGAGAAAUAUCUUUCUGCCGAGGCCCUCUCCGAAUACGCCCAGCAGGCCUAUGCCAAAUCCAAUAUUGCCCUCAUCGGUAGUGGCCCGAACUCCGCCGAUUUGUCUAAAUGGGUUGGCGAGUUCUUCAAGGAGCUGCCCAGCACUGGCAGCUCUAGUCAGUAUAAGCUCCAGCCCUCCACCGCCUCCAAGUACUACGGUGGUGAGCAGCGUAUCUCUUCCAAAGCCGGCAAUGCCAUUGUGAUCGCUUUCCCGGGCUCCAGCGCUUUCGGCACCUCUGGCUACAAGCCUGAGGCCUCCGUCCUUGCUGCCCUUCUUGGUGGGGAGUCUACUAUCAAAUGGACUCCUGGCUUCUCGCUCCUGGCCCAGGCCACCCAGGGCUUUUCUCAGGUCCGUGCUUCGACUCAGACCCAUACCUACUCUGACGCCGGUCUUUUCACUAUCACACUUUCCGGCAAGGCCGACCAGGUCGCUUCCGCUGGCAAGAAUGCUGUCGACCUCCUCAAGAAGGUAGCUGCUGGUGAGAUUGCCAGUGAGGACGUCAAGAAGGCGACUGCCCUGGCCAAGUUCCGUGCUCUUGAGUCUGCCCAGAGCCUUGAGACUGGACUCGAGGCCACUGGAUCUGCUCUCCUCAGUGGCAGCAAGCCUUACCAGAUUGGCGAGAUCGCUCAGAGUAUCGAUGGAGUUACCGAAUCUCAAGUUAAGGAUGCUGCCAAGACUUUCCUCACUGGCAAGGCGUCUGUCGCCGCAGUUGGAGACCUCUUCCAGCUUCCGUACGGCGAGGAUCUAGGCCUGACUGUUUAA